UACUUUAUCGUACUUUAUCGACGACACUUCGACAAUAAUGAUUUAUUUCAUUGACCUAAUCUGAUUAUGGGCAGUUAAACUAAUAUCAACGGUCGAUGCAUGAGUCUGGAUAGCACCUGCUAUUGCUCCUACCAUUACCAUGGAGGACAUGCAACUCCCCAUGUUGACUACACAAUUGAUAUACUAAUCAACGAUGCAUUAUAUCUCGACCUAUAUAUAUAGCCAUGCAAAUGCGCCAACAUCGAUAUAACCACAUCUAGUAUAUAAUAUACCCGAACAGAUGGCGGUAUCAACUACCAGAGCACUAACAUCCUCACCCAUCGCGACAACCCCGCUGCCUCUUUUUGCAAACUGUCCACCAAUUUUUGUUCUCCCCACUCGCCUUGACCUGGAAACCCUUCAUUCUAUUGAAGAAGAGCUCACCAGGCAUGCAGCCUCUCUGACAUAUGACAUUUCCGAGGCUAGAAUCGUGCUCGGCACAAUUGUGCAGCGAAAGCGGGCAGCUCUAGAGUUAAGGACGAGGGGUGUUUGGACCGAGGAAGUUUUGCCAGUGCCAGUGGCUACGGUAAAGGAGGCCGGUGAGCCCCCUUUGAAGAGGCGUCGAAUAGGGCUAGAUUUUAAAGAGGCUGGUCAGGAGAUUUUGGACUUGAGGACGGAGUCUGAGUCGGAGCGUGGGUCUCCGAAAGAGAAGCUGCGAAGGCUGUCGCGGUCGUCUAAAAGUACGGAAACAGAUGAUGGGCAGGAACCCAUUUUCCAGGAACAAAAAAAUACAGAUUUGUUUCAGGAAGGACAUAUCAAAGUCCUCAAACUGGAAUGGGUAGCUCAAUCCAUCAAAGCAGGAAAAGCUCUUCCACUUGAUCCAUUUGUUAUCUACCAUGGCAAAAUCACCGCUCGACCCGAAGAUCUUCAAACGUCGAAAGCGAAGCUAAAAACGACAACGUCAACACUCCAUCAAUCAGAGAGCAUCAUCACGCGCGCAAUCCAAGAUGCAGCCUCCCAGCCGGCAGCAGUUCCGAAUCCGUAUAGCUCAAAAUUUGGACCCAGAAGAUCAAAACAGCCGCAAGGGUCUCAAGCAAGCCAAUCCCAUCCUCCUCCGACAUUGUAUCGCCAAACAACCUCAGAGCAUGACCAGAGCAUUCCCAUCCCCCCUGCCCCGGAAUGGGUGAAAGACGGUGUACUGUAUGCCUGCAUGCAUUCUGCGCCUUCGCACCCACCAAAUGAGCAGUUUAUUAAUCAAUUGGUGAAGAUCCGCACUGUGCGCGAGCUUACCCUAGAUCAGAUCGGGGUGCGUGCCUAUAGUACUUCGAUUGCAGCGAUAGCUGCUUAUCCAUAUGAAAUCCGUAGUCCAGUGGAGAUCCUAUCCCUCCCCGGCUGCGAUGCCAAAAUUGCCAACCUUUUUAUGGAAUAUAGGAAUAAUGCUGAUGGGACGCUUGAGGCAGCCGCAGUCCUUGAUAAAGACCCAGCGAUCAGUAUCAUCUACCAGUUUUAUAGAAUAUGGGGCGUCGGCGCCAAAACGGCGAGGGAGUUUUACUAUCAACGCCAGUGGCGUGACCUGGAGGAUCUCAUUGAACAUGGCUGGAACAGUCUUUCUCGCGUCCAGCAGAUUGGGUUGAAAUUCUAUGACGAAUUUCUCGCUGGCAUUCCUCGCUCCGAAGUCACUGAUAUUGCGAAAAUUAUUCAUAAGCAUGCACAUCUCGUUCGACCAGGUUGUGACUAUGACGGUCAGGGGAUUGAAUGUAUCGUCGUCGGUGGUUAUCGUCGUGGCAAGGAAGUCUCCGGAGAUAUUGAUCUGUUGCUCAGUCAUCGCGAUGAGCGGGUUACCAAGAAUCUCAUCAUAGAUAUUGUCAGCAGUCUCGAGAACGAGGGCUGGAUCACCCAUACCCUGGUUCUCCACAUGACAACGUCUAGCCGAGAGCAACAAACUCUUCCAUUCCGCGGCGAUCCUGGCGCCCAUCAUUUCGAUAGCCUUGACAAAGCGCUCGUUGUAUGGCAAGACCCAUAUUUCGAUGACAAGUCUGUGACCAACACUGCAGAAAACCCCGUCGAGGAUACAGAGCAGGCGAAGCGUCGCAGAAACCCGAAUCCGCAUCGGCGUGUCGAUAUCAUUAUUUCCCCGUGGCGCACAGUUGGUUGUGCGGUGUUGGGGUGGUCAGGCGACACCACUUUUGAGCGGGAUUUGCGGAGGUAUGCCAAAAAGGCUCAUGGAUGGAAAUUCGACUCGAGUGGAGUGAGGGAAAGGACGAGUGGAGGUAAUGUGAUUGAUUUGGAGAAGGGUGGAACGACGUGGGAAGAAAGGGAGAGGUUGGUUAUGGAAGGGUUGGGUGUAGGCUGGAGGCCGGCAAGUGAGAGGUGUACGAGAUGAAUGUCUAUAGCGGAUCGAUGGUGUAUAAGUUGAUUAUGCUGGCAUUUUUGAUUACUUCACACUAGGCUAUUAUCCAUUAAUAAUUUGAAG